AUGAGUUAUACGCACGGGAUGGGUUACGAUGGGGUGAAUGAGGAUUACAAGAUUGUGAUAGCUUCUUGUUUUGUGGAUCAUGAGUAUAGUAGUGAGGUGAUUGUGUACUCGUUAAAGACAGAUUCAUGGAAAAGUAUUGAGAGUAAUAAGAUUCCUCCUUACUCUAAUUACGGAGAUCAGCAUGGGGUGUGUGUUUAUGGUGUGCUUCACUGGAUAGCUGAUCGUUUAUCUGUAAGUGGAACUAAAGCAGGUGUUAUUGUUGCUUUUGAUAUUGUUGAGGAUAGGUUUUUUCUUGAAGGUCUUGCUCAUAACCUGACCCCUGAGUUCUUGGGUGUCUUGGAUGGGGAGCUAGCCAUGCUCUGUAAGGUUAAUGGAAGUACUGUGCCUGGUUUCGAUGUGUGGGUUAUGAAGGACUAUCCUAGGAAAGAAACGUGGACCAAAAUGUAUACAGAAUGGUGA